UCCCAGUCUAACUGAAAUUUCAAACCACUUGGGUUUGGCCUCGGCACAUCCGUUGGUGACCGUGCUCAACGCACCGUUUCCUUUAUUGUAGCCCCGCACAACAAUGAAGUGUGAUAUUUGAAAAAAGACAGAUCCGCCACCGGUGAACUAAGACCCACCAAUCAUUUGUAGUCUGUACCCACGGCGGCUUUUGAAUCCCUCCUUCUCUUCCCACCUCUUCAAAUUCAUUGGCUGCCACAGGAGUAGCGACAAUGUUUAAUGCACCAUGCGGUGUCCGGAGUCCAGUCAGUGAGAGGAAGCGCUUGCUGUGCUUAGGGCUGUGUUACGUGCUGAAAAUAGUAAGUGAUGACUUGGCUUGAGUAGUUAAAAAAAAAAAAAAAAUCAAAAUUUUCUCUGACAGCAGCAUGGGGACUUAUCCUAAAAUGCGGCAUUGUUGCUGACCACUUACACAGCAGCUGUCCGUCUGUCUUUGCGCACUUUGACGGGGGGACGACGCACAAGGACAAAAUGCCACUACGGGAAUCAGUAACUCUGAGCUGUCUCGGACGUGGGGAGAGAACACCGAUCGCCCUUUAAAUGUCCACCGUGGAUAUCGGCUACCUUUCCACACAUCUGGAAUCUUCUUUUUUUGUUCUUUCUUUCUUCCACACAGUAAUUUUGACAACAGUUUUCCAUCCUGAAGAACAGUGACUCACUGCAGGCAGAAGGCGAGCCGCUGCAUCCUAAUCAGACAGGAGAGAGGACUUCAGCUCAUUGACAUUACAGUCAUACUUUGGAGCACUUUUUUUUUUAUUUCUACUGCGCUGUACUGUAGAGUGCGUGUGCAUCGGAGGCUUGUGGCUUUCCUACUUCACGGAGGAGAAGAAGGAUACGGGUGGUACCUUUAGUGAAGUGGAAAUUAAACAAUCUCUUCAUCGCGCUGGAAUUGACUGUUUUGAUUUUUUUUUUUACUGUUACCCUUUUGAACUAGCGGAACAGUUUCUCCCGUGGUGAUAUGAGUGAACACUUACAAUGACUAUUCUGUUGGAGUCUGGAUCUCGAUUAUUGUUAAGAUGAGUCUGGGUGCUCAGCUGAAUAUAAAUUAGGCGUUCAGUACCACAGAUUGCUUGCUGAGGAGAGAAAGCAACAAAGCAAAGACAAUCUACAAGCGACAAAUGUCAAGACAUCACAUGAUGAACUGGACUCUUUUCUUUAUCCGUCGUGAUAGAAGUAUCAAAUCUGAACAGAAUAUCAACAGGUCACAGGUAGAAUAAUCACUGCACCGAUUUGAGCAGCUUUUACUGAGUGGAGAUGCAUCUUUCUAUUUUCUUUUUCCUCCUGUUGUGGGCUCAAGCCUUGACAUUGAAAAACUUGAAUUACUCUGUCCCAGAGGAACAGGGACCAGGAACAGUGAUUGGGAACAUUGCCAAAGAUGCCAGGCUUGGACUUGAACAGAUCGGGCAGGGAGGACAGGGUAAGAAAGCCAACUUUAGGGUGUUGGAGAACUCAGCCCCACAUCUUAUCGACGUGGACCCCCAAAGCGGACUGCUGUACACAAAGCAGCGCAUCGACAGGGAAACAUUGUGUAAGAGAAACCCCAAGUGCCAGCUCUCCAUGGAGGUGUUUGCCAAUGACAAGGAGAUAUGCAUGAUAAAAAUAGAUAUUCAGGACAUCAAUGACAACUCACCCGUUUUUCCUUCUGAUCAAAUUGACAUCGACAUUUCUGAAAAUGCAGUGCCAGGGACACGCUUUCCUCUGACCAGCGCACAUGACCCUGAUGCAGGGGAAAAUGGCCUAAAAACGUAUCAAAUAACUCGCGAUGACUACAAUCUCUUUUCGUUGGAGGUAAAAUCCCGAGGGGAUGGGACCAAAUUCCCAGAAUUAGUCAUUCAGCGUCCACUGGACAGAGAAGAACGAAGCCAUCACACUCUCAUUUUGUCAGCCACUGAUGGUGGAGAAUAUUCUAGAUCAGGUACAAUGCAGAUAAAUGUUAAAGUUAUAGAUUCCAACGAUAACAGUCCAGUAUUUGAUCAAUCUUCAUACGUUGUAGAAAUUCCUGAAAAUUCACCUCCUGGAAAAGUCUUAAUUGAUUUAAAUGCUACAGACCCUGAUGAAGGAAACAAUGGUCAAGUAGUCUAUUCGUUUAGUGGCUAUGCCCCUGAGAGAAUCCGUGAGCUAUUCUCAAUAGAUUCUAGAACAGGGGUCAUAAAGAUUCAGGGGGAAAUUGACUAUGAAGAGAGCUCAGUUAUCGAGAUUGACGUUCAGGCGAAAGAUCUAGGUCCCAAUCCAAUCCCGGGCCACUGUAAAGUCACCGUUAAAGUGCUUGACAGGAAUGAUAACUGGCCAUCUAUAGGCUUUGUGUCUGUGAGACAGGGAGCCAUCAGUGAAGCAGCACCCCCAGGCACUGUCAUUGCUCUGGUCCGUGUCACAGACAAGGACUCUGGAAGAAAUGGGCAGCUCCAGUGCAGGGUGUUGGGUAAUGUCCCCUUUAAACUCGAGGAGAACUAUGAUAACUUCUACACAGUGGUUACAGACAGGCCCCUGGACAGAGAGGUGCAGGAUGAAUACAACGUUACUAUUGUAGCCAAAGACAAUGGCAGUCCUCCUUUAAACUCCACAAAAUCUUUUACGGUGAAGAUUCUUGACGAGAACGAUAAUGUUCCUCGCUUCACCAAGUCAGUCUACCUACUUCAAAUUCCUGAGAACAACAUCCCUGGGGAGUACCUGGGUUCAGUUCUUGCACACGACCCAGACCUAGGCCAGAAUGGCACUGUGUACUACAGUAUUAUCAACUCCAACGUGAGUGGGGGUGAUGUCAACACCUAUGUUAAUGUAAAUGCCGCUAACGGAGCCAUCUAUGCUGUAAGAUCUUUUAACUAUGAGCAAAUAAAGUAUUUUGACUUCAAAGUUCUUGCUAAAGAUGCAGGAUCUCCACACUUAGAGAGCAAUGCUACUGUGCGCAUUAGUGUCUUAGACGUCAACGACAACAUCCCUGUCAUAGUUCUGCCACUUCUCCAGAAUGACACAGCUGAAAUCCACGUUCCACGAAAUGUUGGCGUUGGCUACAUUGUUACCACAGUGAGAGCAGUAGAUAACGACUAUGGCGAGAGCGGAAGACUCACCUAUGAAAUAUCAGAUGGCAACGAAGAACACCUCUUUGAGAUUGAUCCUGUCACUGGGGAGGUGCGAACCGCUCACCCUUUCUGGGAUGAUGUAAGUCCCAUUGUUGAGUUGAUCAUUCGUGUAUCAGACCACGGCAAGCCAACUCUAACUGCCGCUGCAAGACUCAUUGUCAAGGCCUCCAACGGGCGUCCUCCAGAUGGACUACCACACAUGAAAGACAAUCAAAACUGGGACAUGUCACUGCCUCUUAUUGUGACUCUGAGCAUCAUAUCUAUCAUGCUUCUAGCUGCCAUGGUGACCAUAGCAAUCAAGUGCAAGCGGGAGAACAAGGAAAUUCGUACUUAUAAUUGUCGCAUUGCAGAGUACUCGCACCCACAGCUGGGUAAAGGCAAGAAGAAGAAGAUAAACAAGAACGACAUCAUGCUGGUGCAAAGCGAAGUGGAGGAGCGGGAUGCCAUGAAUGUGAUGAAUGUGGUAAGCAGCCCUUCCCUGGCCACCUCUCCCAUGUACUUUGACUAUCAGACACGCCUGCCACUCAGCUCACCAAGGUCAGAGGUCAUGUACCUCAAACCCACUGCCAAUAACCUCAGCGUGCCCCAAAGCCACGUGGGAUGCCACACCAGCUUCACAGGCCCAGUCACCAGCACUACAGACACACCUACUAACCGCAUGUCCAUCAUACAGACGGACAAUUUCCCCGCUGAACCUAAUUAUAUGGGUAGCAGACAACAGUUUGUUCAAAGUUCAACAUUCAAAGACCCAGAGCGAGCCAGCCUCAGAGACAGCGGCCAUGGUGACAGCGACCAGGCUGACAGUGACCAGGACACCAACAAAGGCUCCUGCUGUGAUAUGUCUGCAAAAGAAGCCCUCAAACUGAAGGCUGCAGGUGUGAAACCACCACCUUUGGAACAAGAUGAGGAUUGUUUAAAUUGCACAGAGGAGUGCAGAGUACUGGGUCAUUCUGACCGCUGCUGGAUGCCUCAGUUCCCCGCAGGCGGAAACCAGGCGGAAGGUGUUGACUACCGCAACAAUAUGUUUGUGCCGGCCGGGAUGGAGGCAGUUGCCGAGACAGAAACCUAUGAGACCGUCAACCCCAACGGCAAGAAAACAUUCUGUACUUUCGGCAAGGAAAGACGCGACCACACCAUCCUUGUCGCCAAUGUCAAGCCCUACCUAAAAGCAAAACGUGCCCUCAGCCCCCUGCUGCAAGAGGUACCCUCAGCCUCCAGCAGUCCAACCAAGGGUUGCUCCACGAUGCCUCCCUGCUCCGCUGUAAAAGGCCCAGCAGAUGGGGCUGAGGGCAAACCUCCCCCAGCCAGCUGCUCCGUCCACUACGGGCCACCCGAUGGUCAAUACCUGUCACCUACUAAACAAACAAGAGACCAAGGGGUGUACCCAUCGUUGCCACCCUCAGACCCGGUGGCCAAGGUGCUCGCAGAGGCCCGCUCCAGGAUCAGUCAGGAGGCAGCAGGUGAAAUGGAGUGUGUCCUGGAGCAGGCGGAACCAGAUUCAAGCCGCGACGGGAUGGACGCUGACCAGGUGGUGAGAGACAUCGACAAACUGUUGCAGGACUGCAGAGAAAGUGAGGCCACUGGCACACUGAGAAAGUGACUCAAACGACUGCAGCGUAGGAAUUGUGAAGAUAAAAAGUCGGGGUUUGUUGCUAUUCUAACGACUCUCAUGCCAAAACUGUCACCAAAACAAAUCGAAUAGGUUAAACCUCUCUGGUCCCCAGAGCGUUUUUCACUGUAUUUGUUGUAGAAAAAGUACAGACACUGGACUUUUAUUACGUCAGUCACAUGGCGACCAACAAAAUAAGGAACUGACAUCUGACUUUUUCUGAAUUUCUAAACUUUUUUUUGGAUUCUUAAGAAAAUUGCAGGGGUUUAAGCCUCUGGCACCUCGCAAGCUCCUAUCUAAGUGCCCACCAGCUCAUCCGUGUGUUGUUCAUGGUCUAUCGUGAAAUCCUACAUAUCUUUUUAAGUGUGCGUAGGUGGAUUUCUGUUUUGCGUGUUGGACAUUGAAACUGAACGACAAAAGGACUACUUAAGGUCAGACCUGACAAUCGAUGUGGAAAAAGAGAAACAAAAGCCGAUCUGUUCGGACAGUGAAGGACAGGAACACAACUUUACCUGUUUCUUUUGUUUGUUUGUUUGUUCGGGUUUUUUUUUUUUAUUAAGUGAUAAACAAAAAGUGUAGCGUGUGAUGGACCAGAUCUGUACCUGAAGAGGUGUCCUUUUAGAGAGUGGGUUGCUAUGGACCAGUCGGAUCUGUUUCAGUCGGAUUUAUUAACAGUGUAACCAUGUCUCACCCGUCAUUUUGUAACUACAUGUGUAAGCUGUGUCUGUCUCACACCUCUAUUUAAAUGUUCAUGUUGCUCAGCAAUGUAGUUGCACGCACCAACGUCACCACAUGUGCACUACCACUCUGCAUACACACACACACGGCAGUACAUCGACACGCGCUGAUGCUGCACCACACGCAGAAACACGCAAACAAAUGAAUGCUCACACACGACUGCCCAUCUGUGGAUUUGUCUUAUACAUGUACACCAUCAGCUUUUAGUCCCCUGUGUACAGUGAAUUAUCAUGUGUGUGACUAUGCCUUAAGGCAAUCAAGUUGUAUAAAAAGGGACAUUUCUUUCCUCAGCUGUGAAAAGAUAAUAUCUAUAUGGUUAUAUAGAUGGCUGUAUGUAUGAAUCCAUGUAUAGUGUCCGAAUAUCAGCAAAAUAUUUAUACAUUUUAUAAGGAGAGGAAAAAAACAAAACAAAAAAAAAAACAGGAAUUUGAAGUGAAUAGUGUCCUGGAGUUGAGGUCAGGUGCGAAGCAUUUCAGGAAAGAACUGCAAAGGACACUGCCAUUGUUUCAAAGACAAAUAUCCAAAAAUAUGACAAAACAAGAAAAUGUCCCUUCACAUUAUCACUAUACAUAAUAUCAUUCUAUGUGUAUAUGUAUCCAAUUUAGAUGUGUUUACAUCAGAAAAACUGACAUAUUUUUUAUUGAUUUUACUGCAAUUUCUGUGCAUUUGAGCCAAAUUGUUAUGUGUACAAAAGCUAUAUUGUGUAUUUUAUUAAAUUAAUAUAUUGUUGUGUUGCAAUAUACAUGGGCUUAUAUUGUAUUUGGCAAAAGUUGCCUUAGUAGCUGUCGAACUCUGUGAGUUUGCUUUAGUUUGGGUUUCUGUUGGUGUUUCCUUUUUUUUUUUUCCAUCUCUAUUCUGCAUCUUUGCAGGCAGACUGGCCUCAGUGCUUUUGAGAUGUCGCCUCUUUUUACCCUGAGAUCCAGCUGGAUCAAAUACAAUAACUGUUAGAAGCUUAAUGAGCCAGCUGAUCUGGAAGACGAUUCAAACAAACAACAACAACAAAAAAAGCAACAACAAUAAGGAGACAGUUUGACUAUUUUUACUGAGCAAAUUUUUAUAAGGCAGCUAUUUUCUUUAACAAUAACAAGUCUGCAUAUUUUCUGUUCAUUCUGUUUCUACUUUCUUUCCAAAAAAAAGAGAGAGAGAAAAGAAACCCGCCAUAUGGAAAGUGGAGUGGUUUCCUUGGUGAUCAUGAAACUGCCUUACUGUCUCUGCAGAGAGCUUGUUGUAUCUGUGGAGCUUUGUGACUGCUUCUUAAGCCCUGGUCCACCAAAAUGUGCAUUUCCUACAAAGGACCAAAACAGGUUCUUUUUCAACAGUCUGCAUUGUUUAUGUAUGUACUUCUUCUUCAAUACAUGUUGGAAAUCUCAUACUUUGCAGAGAGACUUGACAUCUGAAAUUCUAUCUGAAGUUACUUUGGAACAUCUUCGCUGUUUGGAUACGUGGUUUGUAUAACCAGGUGUCUUUGCAUUCAGGAUUUCUUAAAAUAAAAAAAGAAGAAAAACAUUUAUUUUUGAGAAUUUUGGCACGUUUCGGCCAGUCUGAAAUACUAAUGCAGGGUGCUUUUUCAAAAAAAGAAACAAAAAAAACAAAUCCCUUACAGUAAGGUAGACGGAACAGUAGGCUACUUGUGUUCUGGAAAAUGUGACCACAAUCAUAAAAUGUAUAUAACCUGCAGCCAUGAGAGGAAACAGUGACUUAUUGUGGCACCUAGACAUGUUGGAAGUAGAAUUUCAGCUGUUGUCAUACAGGCAAAUCACACCCAUGUUUUUUUUUUUGUUUUUUUGGGAUUUCCUUUGUUUGGGCAUUCUAUCAUUCUUCCGUUCUGCAUAUUUUUGACUUCUUUGCAUUUUGCUAUUCAUUCACUGACAUCUCUCCCUUUUUGACUGUUUUCUCUCCUUAGAGGGGCAACGCAACUGCUACCUUUUCUCCUCUCUUUCAUCUGAAAAGUAUUUGGUUUAGGUUUACCCUUGCUCUUUUUUUUGCAGAAAAGCAGAAUGCUGAUUUUUAGACAGAGCUUAGAGGCUUUGACAGAGGCACACAAAUAUUUACGCUUCUCCUUCUUUUUCGGAGGAGACUUUUUUCUUCUGUUUUAAUUUAAAUAUCUGGAUAAAUCAAGCAAGCCUCAGAUUCACAUGAUACAGGCAGCACAAAGAGUUCCAGCCAGGAAUGCCAUCACACACACUCACAAACACCAGUGCAUUUAAGUGACAUAAUGCUUAAAUGCACUGGUGCAUUUGUUCAUUUCAUUUUCAUAAGCACUGAAAAUGAAAUAAAUACUUAAAGAGAGGGGGGG